AGCGGCCGGCGCAAUCCCGGGCACGAGAGUCUGACAGCGGUGCGGCCGGUGCGACACGGGAGCUCGGGGACUGACGGACGGCGGCGGCGAGGCAGGACGCGAGGACCGCGGCCCCGCGCCGAGGACCGGCAGCGCCCGGGGGGUUCCCUCUGAAGCAACUGGGGGUCUCCCCAUCCCCGAAGAGCUGAUCUGCUGGGAGAGCAAGGAAGGGAUGGCAGGGAGCCCACCCCAGGCCUGAGGACUACGCACCCCUGCCCCCAUAGCCUGCUGGGCAGGGGCUGCUCAUCUGAGGACUUGUGAGAAGGAUGGGUGCCUCGGCCCCUCAUGCCCUGUACACCGUGUAAUGACAGGAAAUGAGCAGAUUUGCAGCCAAACUGGUGGCCUGAAAUUUACGACCGAGGCGCCGGUGCUGGGCUCUGGCUGAGAACAUGGCCAGCGGCAUCGACGAGCUCAUUGGCAUCCCUUUCCCCAACCACAGCAGCGAGGUGCUGUGCAGCCUCAACGAGCAGCGGCACGCCGGGCUACUGUGCGACGUGCUGCUGGUGGUGCAGCAGCAGGAAUACCGCACGCACCGCUCCGUGCUGGCCGCCUGUAGCAAAUACUUCAAGAAGCUCUUCACAGCCGGCACCCUGGCCAGUCAACCCUACGUCUAUGAGAUCGACUUUGUGCAGCCUGAGGCGCUGGCUGCCAUCCUGGAGUUCGCCUACACCUCUACGCUCACCAUCACCGCCGCCAACGUCAAACACAUCCUCAACGCCGCCCGCAUGCUGGAGAUCCAGUGCAUCGUCAAUGUCUGCCUGGAGAUCAUGGAGCCCAGCGGAGAGGGCGGGGAGGAGGAUGACAAGGAGGAUGACGACGACGAUGAGGACGAUGAGGAUGAUGAGGAGGAGGACGAAGAGGAAGAGGAGGAGGAGGAGGAGGAGGAGGAGGAAGAUGAUGACACAGAGGACUUCGCCGAUCAAGAAAACCUGCCUGACCCCCAGGACAUUAACUGCCGCCAAAGCCCCUCCAAGACGGACCACCUCACAGAGAAGGCAUACUCCGACGCCCCGAGCGACUUCCCCGAUGCCUUUCCGGCCAGUGGCCCUGGCCACCUGGGUGUGAUCCGGGACUUCUCCAUUGAGUCCCUACUGAGAGAGAACCUGUACCCCAAAGCUGGCAUCCCUGAUCGGAGACCCUCCCUUUCUCCCUUUGCCCCAGACUUCUUCCCCCAUCUCUGGCCAGGCGACUUUGGGGCCUUCACCCAGCUGCCGGAGCAGCCCAUGGAGCCCCUGGACAACACGCCCCUAGAUCUGGUCAUCAGAAGCCGCAAGAUCAAGGAGGAGGAGAAAGAGGAGCUGCCCCCACCCCCGCCGCCCUUCCCCAAUGACUUCCUGAAGGAUGUAUUCCCUGAGCUGCCCGGGGGGCCGCUGGGCCCCAUCAAGGCAGAGAACGACUAUGGUGCCUAUCUCAACUUCCUGAGUGCCGCCCACUUGGGCAGCCUCUUCCCACCCUGGCCGCUGGUGGAGGAGCGCAAGUUGAAACCCAAGGCCUCACAGCAGUGCCCCAUCUGCCACAAGAUCAUCAUGGGGGCCGGGAAACUGCCGCGGCACAUGAGGACACACACCGGGGAGAAGCCAUACAUGUGCAACAUCUGCGAGGUCCGCUUUACCAGGCAGGACAAGCUCAAGAUCCACAUGCGGAAGCACACAGGAGAGCGGCCCUACCUGUGCAUCCACUGCAACGCCAAGUUCGUGCACAACUACGACCUCAAGAACCACAUGCGCAUCCACACGGGGGUGCGGCCCUACCAGUGCGAGUUUUGCUACAAGAGCUUCACGCGCUCCGACCACCUGCACCGCCACAUCAAGCGCCAGAGCUGCCGCAUGGCGCGGCCCCGGCGAGGCCGCAAGCCCGCUGCCUGGAGGGCGGCCAGCCUGCUCUUCGGGCCCGGUGGCCCCGCACCCGACAAGGCGGCCUUCAUGAUGCCGCCCACUCUGGGAGACGUGGGCGGCCACCUGGGCGGCGCCACCAUGUGCCUGCCCGGCCCUAGCCCUGCCAAGCACUUCCUGGCGGCGCCCAAGGGUACGCUGAGCCUGCAGGAGCUUGAGCGUCAGUUCCAGGAGACCCAGAUGAAGCUGUUUGGCCAUGCACAGCUGGAGGCCGAGCGGAACGCUGGCGGCCUCCUGGCCCUGGCCCUGGCUGAGGACGUGGCGGCGGCGGCACGGCCCUACUUCCCCCUGCCCGACCCGUGGGCCGCGGGCCUGGCCGGGCUGCCGGGGCUCGCAGGCCUCAACCACGUGGCCUCCAUGUCCGAAGCCAACAACUAGCCUGGUCCUUGCCCACCCCUCGCUGUCCACCUGCUCAGUCUCCUGUCUGCCCAGGCCCACCCUCCCAUUUUGCAAAGGGAAAAUGGGAAUAGAGAUGUGUUCGCAGCAACAGUAUUUCCCUGGCCUCCAGGGCACCUGUCUCCCCUUGCUCAGCCGCUGGGGCUGCAUCUCCUGCCACUCAGACAAAAGUGCCCUGCUGGCAGGGAGGCCUCCCAGAGACAGGAGCCAGGCCCAGCAUCUGGGCCCAUGUUCCCCUUACAUGCCCUUGACGUUGGGCAGGUAGGCUAACCCGCUGUGCCUCGGUACCAUCCUGCUCUGAAGGGAGCUGGUGAUUUAAGGUUCACCACACACACACAUGCAUACACAACAUGAACACACAGGUGCAUCGAGACAUGUAUGCACACAGAAAGGUGAGCACACAUCAACACAUGUACACACACCUGUACACACACACACAUCUGCCUAUCCCUCCAGAGAGGCCUGCAGGCACAGGAGCUUUG